UUAUCUGGCGUCACUCUCGUCUAGCUCCAACAGCCCUCCCUCAUCUCGUUCGACGCCUCCCUCAAACUCACCCGAUUGCCCGCCUCAUUCGGCUGUUUGUCGCAACAUACACGCCAAUCCGCUGGGCCUGUGAAGCUGUUGACCGAGGGCACCAUGGGAAACGCAAGCACAAAGGAGUCGCGAGGUGCUGAUGGCGGCCACCGCGGCCACCACUCCGGCUUCCCCGCCGCAUUGGAACCGGGCGGCAGCGUCUCUUUGCAACCCGAUGGAUCGUCCAACAGGAGAAAUCUGGGGACACGGGGGGAUCUGGGCGGUGUCUUGGGACUAGGGUCUGCGGGCUCUGCGUCGCAGCCCGACCCGCCGCCGGAGCGCCGGGAAACCAAGCAAGAGAGGGAAGCGCGGAGGCUAGAACGAGAGCGGGUAAACAGGAUCGCCGAGCGAGCGCGGAGCAUGAAAGAGGAGCACGUCGACGGCGGCUACCUCGUCACCAUGGGGACAUACACCGGCCCUGAGGACUUCAAUAAAGCCGUCGUCCGGCAGUUACAAGUCGAACGCAAAGUUGCGCCCUUUUGGCGAGGCCUUAAUGACGUCGAUGAUCAGUGGACUGAACCUCAGAUCAUCGCUGCCGCGAGGGGGGUGCCCGUCCCUGCUGCAGACGAGACGCCCCCCGACGACCUCAUUCCGCGACCCCUAUCGCCGGAUUCUCCCGCAGAAUCCUCUCAGAACCUCAACAACCUAACUGUCCCAAUGGGCGAUCGCACCCAGUCCAUUACAUCUGAACAUAGCGUGUCGAAUGCCGGAUCCGGGCUUCCGUCGGCCAUCUCCAGUCAGCCCCAGAGGACUGGUUCUCCAUUCAAGCCCCGGGGGAAAGCUCUAGCGGCCGUCUUGGGCGGGUCUUCUCGCAACGGAUCAACGACCGAAAUCAUGCCCCGGGAGAUCAACCUACCUCGCGACCCUUUCGUUAAUGGCCAACCUCUUGAGGUGUUCCUCUAUAAGGAAGCCACGGAAUGCCCCAUCUGCUUCCUAUCAUAUCCACCAUAUCUAAAUCACACUAGAUGUUGCGACCAGCCAAUAUGCAGCGAAUGCUUUGUUCAGAUCAAGCGGCCGGACCCGCAUUUUCCUGAAGGCCACAAUGAGAAUGACCAUAGCAGCAACCCCGAAGAGGCCGCUGGACUAUUGGUAUCGGAACCAGCCUGCUGCCCCUACUGUACGCAGCCUGAAUUCGGCGUCACUUACGAACCGCCACCCUUCCGCCGCGGUUUGGCAUACACGAUCCCUCCGAGCACUCUUGGAACCAUGAAUACUGCCAUGUCGUCGAGCAGCUCCCUGAACUCGGCUACAUUGUCGCCCAAUCUUGGUUCUUCAAAUAGCGGCGGCCGUCGUCGCACUCAAUCCCUGUCUGCCAACGCUUCGAACGUUAUCCUAACAGACAGAAUCCGGCCGGAAUGGGCAACUAAGCUGCAGGCGGCACGAGCCCACCAGGCUAGACGAGCUGCUGCCGCCACGGCCCUACAUACAGCCGCAUUUCUAAUGGGAAAUGUAGAGACACGGGCGUUCCGUAGUCGCUUUGGACGAAGGAAUACAGGUGGCUCUGGAAUCACACCUGGUGCUGGCACUCUUCCCGGAGGACCAGGUAAUAUGGAUACAAAUCUCGACAACAGUGGCUCGGGAACCCCUUCACAGGGAGUGGUUGAUCCUGGCCCCAGGGGAAGCUCGAAUCGCGCCUUGAUAUCUGGCGGUAGCGAUGGGCGGCGUAGCCGGAUUGAAGACCUUGAGGAUAUGAUGUUCAUGGAGGCCAUCCGCCUAUCGCUCGCUGCGGAGGAAGAGCGCAAACGCAAGGCCGAGAAGGAAGAAAAGAAGGAGGCUAAGAAGAAAGAAAAAGAGGACCGAAAGGCAGCAAAGGCAGCCGCGAAGCAAAGUGGGCCGUAUGGGGGCGCAGAAGGUCGCAGCGGACACACCUCAGCAAGCGGGAGUAGCUUGAGCCUGCCUGGCCUGGGCUUUAAAAGGAAGCGAGGAAAUAGUGGUGCCAGCAACCUACGAGUCGAGGCCAGUGUUGCCAGCGCGAUGGCCAACAGCGGAGCAUCGGGAGGUCCGGCGGAUCUCAACGCAAAAGACAAGGGAAAGGCCGUCGAUAGAGGCCCGCCGGUUACCCAAGAAACAGCUGAUACUUCGGCCGCUGAGCCGGCCAUGCCGCAGGCUUCGGCGACCCCCUCGGUCUUGGCUCCACGUCCAAUUCCCUCUUCGCAUCAGUCAGCGGGGCCCUCCCAUCUUCGUCAAAUGAGCAGCGCCUCGUCAAUAUCAUCAUCGCUUCUAGAGAGCCAGCAUGGUAGCUUCACCUCACCUACCAAUCUCCAUGAUCCCCGUGCUAGCGGCAUCAGUCUGGGGAGCCGUUCAGGCGCCAGCGAGGAUGGCGGGGAUCAGGACCGGGACCGUGACCCGAGCGCAAGCACUGAGCCCAUGUUCAAUUUCAGGAGUUUGGCAGAGGUUGUAGGAGUGAGUCUGGAGGGUGAAAACGCCGGAAGGCGUUUGAGUUAUACCGAAACCGACAAGAAGACAGAUGGGCCUGGAGUGGAACAUCCUAGCCGCCCGUCACCGUCCUCUGAUGUCGAACGGGCCAAGACAGAUGAAGUGAGCGACGGUCCACAGACAGAGCGAGUGGAAAAUGUCUCUCCGAGCCACCUAGAAAUCCAGAAAGAAAGCCGUCGAGUGAGACAGGAGACAAUAGCCACUGACUUGGGUCGGCUCCCGCUACCCGAAGUCACUGUGACGCCAGAGACUCCGGCGGCAGUCGAUGAUAUCGGCGGAGACUCUAAGCAGCUUGGCUACGAGACUACUGUCGAGCACCCGCCCCAGGUAACGCAGUAGUGGUGUGAGAGCCUGAUUUGAUGCUACCUUUCCCACUCCGUGGUCGAUGGGCAGCAGAAGACGAAGAUGAAGAUUGAAAGAAUGAAGUAUGAGAGCGACUCGGCGGAGUGUCAGAAUGGAGUUAUUUGGAGCUGAAUGUGGGGGGGCUUUUUUUUCUCAAUUUUUCUCAGAGUGGAAGUGGCAGGGGUGGGAGUUAAACAGAAUCUUCCUAGCUAUCCAAUUGCCUCGAGCGGUAUGUCUGGUUCGGUACGAGAGGUACCUAGUCCGUGGUCGGUCGAUCAACCCAUUUCCUUCCUUUCCCUAUCCUUUCCCUCUU